CAUCAUGUACCAUAAUGGUGAUAACACAAAUUUAAUGGAAAAUAAUCAAGUCUCCAAAGCCAUCUUCAUUCUACGGACCCCCGAUAGUACACUAAAUAAUAUCAAUGGCAUUAUCACAAGAUUAAUCAAUGCACAAUAUCAUUUGGAAGAAUUUGUAGACAAAUAUUCUAGAAUGAAAGUAGAAAUAGAAAUACAAGAUGUCUUUAAAAUAAUAACAGAAACAAUUCAGGAAAUAAUCGAUGAUCAAAUACCUCCAUCAGAAAAGAUUGUUCUUCUAAAAACCCAAUUAGAAAAAAGUGAAAACAACUUUUUGCAAUUUUUUGAAGAAUUAGGAUUUGAAUACGACAAAAAAAGCGAAACUGUUUCUGUUAUUCGACCUGGUAUACUUGGCUGGUUAGAAAAAUUUUUCUUUGGAUUGAGUAAUUAUUUUUAA